UUUACCUCCAAAUUUGUGGAACAUUAAUCUCUGUCAAACCUUUCAAAAAUCUCUUUUCCCUCUUCUACAUCUUCUGUGACUGUGAGGAAAAUCUUCUAGGAUCAAUCAAUGGACAAUCCAAAAGUUCAAGAGAUUCUGGAGAAGCAAGUAUUGACGGUCGCCAAGGCCGUGGAGGACAAACUCGACGAAGAAAUUUCCGCCUUAGAUCGUCUCGACCUCGAUGAUCUCGAGGCUCUGAGAGAGCGGAGGCUACAACAAAUGAAGAAAAUGGCAGAGAAGAGGAGCCGUUGGAUCUCCCUUGGCCACGGUGACUAUUCCGAGAUUCCCUCCGAGAAGGAUUUCUUUGCUGUUGUCAAGGCCAGCGAGCGCGUUGUCUGCCAUUUCUACCGCGACAAUUGGCCUUGUAAGUUUAUGGGAGAAGAUCGUGAAGCUGGCGGAAGAAGAAUGAUAAUAACACGGGGACAACGUUUAGGAACUAGAACAAUAUCAAUUAUUGUCCCUCAAAUGAUUAUACUCUAUUUGUAUUGUUACAAAGUUAUAAUUCAGUAUUCACCGAGUAAGGUGGUUGCUCCGUCCAAUAUUCUAUUGUGUUUCAAAAUGCGGUCUUCUUAUUAUAUUGGCGUGCAAACUCAAAGACCACUGGUUUCAUUAAAAGAUAUGACAAUUUGUUAUGCUUCUUGUACUUCUACUGGAUUAUAGUUAAUGAAAACCAUUU